GCUGGGAGACAUCUUGACUCCUUGUUUGAUACGACUCUCCUGCAGUCAGUUAGACCGUCAGUAGAAACACCGCAAAAGGAACCAAUUUAUUUCUGUAAUUCAAGGUUUGGACAGACUUGGAGGGACACGGAGGCUUUAGGACUCACAGGAUGGCCAGCUAGCUGAACAUUUGGCCAACAUUGAACAGCUCUCUAAGCCUUCCUGGAAAUCUCCAGCUGAGAGAGAGGGGUUCACUGUUUGGAGACUUAAGGCUUCGUUGUGUUCGGAGCUGACACAGAUAAGCAGACAUGAGCACCACCAGGACGGAGAACCCAGUGAUUUUGGGCUUGUCCAACCAGAACGGACAGCUGAGGGGUUCUGUUAAACCUGCUGGAGCCCCAGGUGGAGGUGGAGGAGGCCCCCCGCAGCUCAACCAGAUGAAAGGCAAAGUCAACGGGAGUUCCCAGCCAGCACCUCCAACAAACGCAGUCAUCAAACCUGGAGAUGACUGGAAGAAAAAUUUAAAAUUGCCCCCAAAAGACAUGAGGAUUAAAACUUCGGAUGUGACUGCAACUAAAGGCAACGAAUUUGAAGAUUAUUGCUUGAAGAGGGAGCUACUCAUGGGAAUCUUUGAGAUGGGCUGGGAAAAACCAUCUCCAAUUCAGGAGGAAAGCAUUCCCAUCGCCCUGUCUGGGAGAGAUAUUCUGGCCAGAGCAAAGAACGGCACUGGGAAGAGUGGAGCCUACCUCAUUCCUUUACUGGAACGCAUUGACCUGAAGAAGAGUUGUUUACAAGCUCUGGUCAUCGUGCCCACCAGAGAACUGGCUCUACAAGUCAGCCAAAUAUGCAUCCAGGUCAGCAAACACAUGGGCGGGGUGAAGGUGAUGGCAACCACAGGUGGAACCAACCUCCGCGACGACAUCAUGAGACUGGACGAAACGGUACACGUGGUGAUCGCCACUCCCGGCAGGAUUUUAGACCUCAUCAAGAAAGGAGUGGCCAAAGUCAAUCAAGUGCAGAUGAUCGUUUUGGAUGAAGCUGACAAACUCCUGUCUCAAGACUUUGUUGUUAUGAUGGAGGAGAUGCUGGGCUUCCUGCCCAAACACAGGCAGAUCUUGCUUUAUUCUGCCACAUUUCCUCUCAGCGUGCAGAAGUUUAUGAACGCACACCUGCAGAAACCUUACGAGAUCAACCUAAUGGAGGAGCUGACGCUGAAGGGUGUGACUCAGUAUUAUGCUUAUGUAACUGAGAGGCAGAAAGUGCAUUGCCUCAACACCUUGUUUUCCAGACUCCAGAUCAACCAGUCGAUCAUCUUCUGUAACUCCUCUCAGAGAGUAGAGCUUCUUGCCAAGAAGAUCUCCCAGCUUGGUUAUUCAUGUUUCUACAUUCAUGCCAAGAUGAGACAGGAACAUCGUAACCGCGUGUUCCACGACUUCAGAAACGGCCUCUGCCGGAAUCUCGUCUGCACUGACCUCUUCACAAGAGGAAUCGACAUUCAAGCUGUGAAUGUUGUGAUCAACUUUGAUUUUCCCAAGCUGGGAGAAACGUACCUUCAUCGCAUCGGUAGAUCAGGACGUUUCGGACACCUGGGUCUGGCCAUCAACCUCAUCACGUACGACGAUCGCUUCAACCUUAAAGGAAUCGAGGAGCAGCUCGGGACGGAGAUCAAGCCCAUCCCCGGGAUCAUCGAUAAGAGCUUGUACGUGGCCGAGUACCACAGCGAGAGUGGAGAGGAGGCGAAGCAGUGAGCCAAUCAAUCCACUCCCCUUCAGUUCCCCUUCAACCCCCACUUGGAUUAUUUUUUUAUUUUUCUCCCCUCCGGUUUUUUUUUUUGUACAGUUUCUUUCAGUCUUCCUUUCUCAGACGCCACCAUAGAAAGUUUUUUUUUUUCUAUUUUUUUAAUUAUUUUUCGAUGGAAGCUUUCAGGAUGAACUCACCGCCUUGAUUCAAGGCUUCAGCGCUGCGUCACAAACGUACCGAAGACACGAGCAACCAGGAGGAAGGCGAAGGGACCCGAGUCGAGCGGACGACGAGGUUUCCUCACUGCGGACACAGAGCCAGCACCGACGGACCCCCCCACUCCCCCCUCCUCCCUCCACACGCCACUUUUUAUUUUAAAAGUUUUGAGUUUCAACCCGUUCAUAUAAAGUGCCUUAACAAGCAGUUCAACUCGUUCUGAAGUAAUAACCCUUCAUUCGUCACCGUUGUCUCACUUCACCUUCACCUAAGUGAGAAUCAGUUCCAGUAAUUAGCAGAAAGGUGAAACUGGUUUGGGUGGGCUCAUGUUUUUCUGAGGGGGCUGGAGGAAAAAAAAAACCACAAACGGAGGGAAACUGGUCUGAGUUCUUUCCGCUGGCGACUAACUGAAGGACGAACCUUUGAGUUUUCAGUGGACAGAGACUGGAUUAUUAUUAUUUUAAAGUGUUUUUGUUCUCCAAGAGACGCCCAGACUGUCCCAGACGCUCGAGGAGAAGCUCGUGCUUCUUAAAGACCCUAAAAAGCUUUCCUCUCGUCUUCAACGUCAAAACACUAAAGUCCAAAAAAAGGAAGAGCAGCCUGGAAACAUCAGGAGGAUUCCUGCUUCACUGGAGAGUUUUUCCUCUUUUUCUUUUCUCUUAAUUUGUCCUGAGUUUCACCCUCUAUGGUUGGCCAUAAAUCCUGCAAACAAACAUGUGGGGAGCAGCUUCUGUAAAUACUUUAAUUUUAAGGUUGUUUUAAACAAAAGAAAAAAAAAGGUGACAAACUGGAAAGCUGCCCGACCCGUUUUCUGUCUCUCGUUGGCACUGAGGUCCUGAACUGUUUGUUCUGCGAUGUUGGCCUGUGAGUUUAUUUAUAAUUUUGUUUUCUUUUCUUAGAAAUCGCAAAAAGCAUUUAACGAAAUGUUUUUGAAGACGAUCGGUAAUCUGUAUUUUUUUUAAACUCCCUAUUUGACGAGUGCAAUUCAACGAAGAAGAAAAAAAGCGGCACUUAUUGUUCCCCUCCUCCUGCUGUCAGUGUUAACGAGCUCCCAGUCCAGACAGAUCGCUUUCCCAGUUAAUGAACUCUUUACCUGCGAAACGGGACUGUUUCCAAACUGAGCGCUGGUAAAUGUAAAACUAAUAAUCUGUCGUUUAGUGAUGCUACUUGCUGCAGUGCAGCUGAUUUGGCUGUUUUUGUUUUUUGUUUUCUUGCAGGGGGGCGGGGUUAUACGCUGUUACGUUAAAUUAAUGCCAUUAAGCACCACUGCGGGAUUUCCUACCUUUUGGGCAGAAGCUGUUUUUAGUUCUUCUCUCCCCCACUUUCUUUUUGUAGAAGAGCCUCGGCCAAAAAUCCAAACAAAUCUGACAUGUAGCGGGAUUAAUAAUCAUAAAUAAUCUCUGUGCUGCGAGUUAAAGUCGCUGAAACCCGCCUGAGGUUUGGUUUUUGCACAGAGCGGCGGCUUCAGCUCUGCUUUUUGUACGACGCCCGGAGGAGAAACGUGUGCCGUGGUGCAGAACUUUGGUUGUAGAUUAAAGCGGCGGGGGGGCAGAUUAUAUAUUCAGAUUACUUGUAAAAUGAGCCGGGCGACCCCGGCCCGCUGAGCUGACGGCCUCUUUCUGCCUCUGUUUUAUAUUCUAGAGUGGGGUGGGGAUUAGAUUUUUGUGACAAAGCCUUGGGUCUGCGUGGAGGUCCUCCUGAACGCUGGGCUCGGACCCCCACGCAGACCCUGGUUCCCCUCUUUGUUUUCACGGUAAGAUGCUUUAAGGUGCUCCUGAUCGACGAGAAGAGCUGUUGAAAACAAACGAUGAGAUCCUCCCCGUGCUUCUCGUCGGUCGGCGCGCUCGACCCUCGUUCUCCCCGACGGUUGCACCUCUUUGAUUUGAGGAUUUGGGUAAUUUGAGGGCAGGUGGGUGGGAUGUUUAAUAAAUUUAAAAACAUAAAUCAAAGUGUAACGGAGAGAUCGGGGGUCCGGUUGUUCAGACACGUGGCAGCUGUCUGUUUCCUCAGCCUGCAGUGACCACAGCCGCCGUUACGAAGCUGCGAGUCGAUUCUUUAAGAUUCGACGUUCAGCUUCGUGUCGGUGCAGCUUUGCUGCCGGUGAGGAGCCGUAAAGACUGAGACGAGAGCAUCUUGCCCCGGAUCGGGCCACGAAUCGAGCAGUUAAAACCAAAUCGUCUCAUUCUUUAGGGUCUUUUUAAAAAAAAAACAAACGUUGGGUGGGUAAUCUGGUCCGCUCGCUGCCCUGAUGCUUUUGUUUAUCUCGGCAGAAGGCAUCACAGCUUUUGUGUAAAAUUCGGCCAAACCGUCAGAUUUCCUGUCGAGAUAACCGGAGUCCUUUUUAGGAUUUCUUUUUCAAAAACAUCAGAAAAAAAAAAGAACCAGGGAGGGACGAGGGCACUUUAAGAAACGGAUGCUUUGAAGGUUUAAAAUAUUUAAAAAAAACAUCCGAACGUUUUGGUAAUGGGUUUGAUUAUAUCUGAGAAAGUUGCCCUCAGAUUAUUAUUAUUUUUGUUUCCAAUUGAAGAGUUCAGACGGAGAGCACCGUAACUUAAAUCUCCAAAUUGAAGUGGAUUUAAAGCUUGUGUUAGUUUUUAUUUAAUUUGAUUCUACGAUUGGCGCAGUUUUCAGUGGCACAAAAUUUUUAUGAGCAAAGUUCAGACGUCCGUGGGGAAAACAUGAUUGGAUUCAAAGUUUUGUUUGGAACAAUAAAGCUCACUGAAAUUUA